AUGGGGCAGACAAGGCAGGCAGCAGGCAGGGAGGUCAGGGAGGCAGCAUGGGGCAGGCAGGGGAUGGGGGGCAGGCAGGAGCAGGCCUCUCUCGCAGAAGCAAGGGGGCAGCAGCAGGGGCACAAUCAGGUCAGCAGGCCCGGGGGGCAGGGCAGGCAGGGCACCACAGUAAGGUGCAGCAUGGAAGGGGGCAGGAGCAGCAGGAGCAGGAGAGCAGCAGGGCAGGCAGCAGAGCCAGAGCAGCAGGGCAGGGCAGGCAGCAGGUCAGGGUCUGCAGCAAGGAAGCAGGCAGAGCAGGAGAAGGCAGCAGGGCAGCAGCAAGGGCGCAGCAAGGCAGGGGCAGGCAGAGCAGGCAGCAAGGCAGUGGAGCAGCAGGCAGUGCAGCAGGGGCAGGGCAAGCCAGCAGCAGCAGCAGAGGGGUUCAAUGGGCAGGCAGCAGAGCAGGGGCACAGCAGGCAGGGGCAGCAGUCAGGGAAGGUCAGCAGUUGCAGGGCAGGGAGGGGCAGCAGCAGCAGCAGGCAGGCAGGGGGGGGUGAGGGGCAGGGGGACGGUCAGGACAGGGGGGGCAGGCAUGCAGCAGGGGGCAGCAGGGGGCAGGGAGCAGCGAGGCAGGGUGGGGGAGCAGGGAGCAGGGGCAGACAGCAGCAGGGCAGGGGAGGGGGGGGGGGCAGGGGGGCAGCAGCAGGGGUCAGGGCAGGGGGGGGGAGGGGGAGGCAGGCACUGCAGCAGGGGGCAGAGGUGGCAGCAGGGUCAGCAGGGAAGGGGGGGGCAGCAGCAGCAGGGCAGGGCAGGCAGCAGAGGGGCAGCCACAGAGCAUGGGGCAUGGGGGGGGGCACAUGGCAGUCAGUAAGCAGCAGGCAGCCAGGCAGCAGAGGCAACAGGCAGGGCAGCAGGGGGCCAGAGCACAGCAGCAGCAGGGAAGCAGGUGGGGGUAGCAGCAGGGCAGGAGGGGAGGCAGGCAAGAGGGGCAGAGCAGGCAGGCGAGGGGGAGGUGGUCAGCAGGGGCAGGUAACAGGGGCAGGGCAGGGGGGAGAGGGGGGGGUCAGUGGGGCAGCAGGGAGAGGCAGCAGGGCAGGGGCAGCAAGAGCAGGGGGCAGGCAGCAGGCAGGCAGAGGAGGCCGGAUCAGCAGGAAGGGGGCAGCAAGGGCAGGCAGCAGCAGCAGCAGCAGGGGCAGAAAGCACGGGGAGGUCAGGGGGCAGCAGGUCAGGGGCAGCAGCAGGCCGCAGGAGCAGGGGGGGCAGGCAGGCAGGGCAGCACAGGGGCAGCAGGGAGGAGGGCAGGCAGAGUCAGCAUGGUCGGGGCAGGAGGCAGCAGGCAGCAGGGGCAAGGCAGGCAGGGGGGCAGCAGAAGCAGGGGGCAGGGGGCAGGGGCAGGGGGAGAAGCAGGCAGUGCGGGAGGGGGCCGGAGGGCGGAACAGCAGAGUCAAGGCAGACAGGAUUAGGCAAGGGGGGGGCGAGCAAGGGGACAGGCAGGCAUUCAGGCAGGCGAAGUCAGGCAGGCAGGGCAGGGGGCUAGGGGCAGCAGGCAGGCACAAGCAGGGGGGGAGCAGGAGGCAUCAGGCAGGGCAGCAGGUCGGGGGCAGGGGAGGUAGAGGCCAGAAGCAGCCAGGCAGGGGGCAGUGGCAGAGGGUCAGGCGGGCCAGGGGCGGCAGGGGCAGGCAAGGGGGCAAGCAGGCAGCAAGGGUAGGCAGAGGGCAGGCAGAGCAGGUACAGGGCAGAGCAGGAGAGGUCCCAGAGGGCAGCAGGUCAGGCAGGCAGGGCAGCAGCAGGGCAGGGGCAGAGGGGCAGCAGCAGGGGGGGGCAGGGCAGGGUCAGUCAGGGGGGGGGGGGGGGCAGGAGCAGGGCAGCAGAGGGGCAGGGCAAGCAGGCAUCAGGGCAGGGCAAGUCACAGGGCAAGGGCAGCAGCAGCAGGGAGGCAAGAGGCAGCAGGCAGGGGCAGCAGCAGUCAGGCACCAGUCAGGGGGUCAGCAGGCAGCAGGGCAGAGGGGGAGCAGGGGGCAGCAGCAGGGUGAGCAGCAGGAGAAUCAGGAGCAGAGUCAAGCAGGCAGGUGGGGGGUGGCAGCAUGUCAAGGCAGAGAGGGUCAUCCGUCAGUAAGGAGGGGGCAGCCAGGGAGCAGAGGGCAGGGCAACAGGGGGGGCAAGGGCAGCAGCAGGGCAGGAAAGGAGGCAGGCAUGAGAGGGCAAGGGGGGGGCAGCACAUGCAAAGGGCAGGCAGGCAGGCAAGGCGAGGGGGGGCAAGGACAGGCAGGGAGAGGGCAGGGGCACAGCAGGGGCAGCAGCAGGGGCAGUCAGCAGGGGCAGCAGCAGGGCAGGGGGAGCACAGAGGAUCAGGCAGGUCAUGGCACAUGCAGAGCAGGGCAGGCAUGGGCAGGCAGUGGGCAGGCGGCAGGGAGGAGCCGCAGGCAGCAAGGCAGCAGGCAAGAGGUCAGGGCCAGCAGUCAGGUCAAGGGCAGUCAAGCAGCAGGGCAGCAGGCAAUGCAGGCAGCAGGGGGGCACAGGGGCAGCAGGCAAGGGGGGGGGCAGAGGACGAGGGCAGCAACGGCAGAGGCUAGGGCAGGAGCAGCAGGGGAGGCAGCAGGCAAGCAGCAGGGAGCAGGCAGGGAGGCAGGGGGCAGCAGGGUCAGCAGCAGGACAAGCAGUCAGCAGCAGCAGCAGCACAGCAGAGGGGCAGGGGGGGGCAGGAGUCAGAGGCAAGGAAGGAGGGGGCAGGGCAGGCAGAAGCGGGGCAGAGUCAGCAGCAAGCAGCAAGGUCAAGCAGCAGAGCCGGAGGAAGGGGGGUCAGGAAGGGAGGGCAGCAGGGGGGCGGUCAGCAGUCAGCAGGGGGGGAGUCAGCAGGGCAGCAGUGCAGUCAGGGGCAGGCAGGGGCAGAGGCAGGGCAGCAAGCACAGCGAGGCAGUCCAGGGGGGAGGGUCAAGGGCAGCAGCAGCAAGGGGGCAGCAGAAGGCAAUGGGGGGGGCCGCAGAGGCAGCAGGGGCAAGUCGACAGCAGAGCAGAUGGCAGGGGGGGCAGCAGCAGCGGGCAGCAGGCAGGGGGGGGGGGUGGGGGCAGGCAAGCAGGGCAGCAGGAUCAGGUCAGGGGAAAAAAAAAAAAAAAAAAAAAAAAAAAAAAAAAGGGGGGGGGAAGCACAGAGGAGUGGCAAGGAGAAGGGAGGGGGCAGGGCAGCAGCAGCAGGAGAGGGGGCAGGCAGGUCAGGCAAGGUGGCUAGGGCAGAGCAGCAGAGGGGGGGCAGAGGGGGCAGCAGCAGGGGAGGGAGGAUCAGGGAGGAGCAGGCAGGCAGGCAGCAGCAGAGCAGCAGCAGGCAGUCAGCAGCAGGGGGAGGCCAGGCAGUCAGAGGGCAGGGCAGGAGGGGAGCAGUAUCAGGGGCAGAACAGCAGAGGGAAGCAAGGGGGGGCAGCAGCAAGCAAAAGGGCAGCAGGGCAGUGGGGGAGUCUAAGUCAGCAAGCAGGUGGGGGGGGAUUGCCAAACGAGGAAAAACCAGGGCAGGGGGAAGGAGAGGGCCAAGCCAGAGGGGCAAGGGCAUGCAGAGAAGGGGGGGAGAGGCAGGCGCAGCAGCAGCAGGUCAGGGCAGCCAGCAGGCAGGGGGCAGGGUCAGAGUCAGCAGGCAGUACAGCAGCACAGAGCCGAGCAGAGGGGGCAGCAGGCAGCAGAGGCAGCAGCAGGGGUCAGGGCAGGGGGGGCAGGCAGGCAGGGGGGGAGGGCACAAGGUCAGACAGCAGCAGGGCAGUGGGCAGGAGGGGAUUCAGGGGGGGAGCGGGGCCGGCAUGGGCAGCAGCAGCAGUAGCAGCAGGCAAGUCAGGGGAGCAGAAAGGGGCAGAGCAGAGGAGAGGGCAAGGCACAGGCAGGCAGGGGCAGCAAGGCAGCAGGCAGGACAAGCAGGCAGCAGACAACAGGGGCAGGCAGGCAGGGCAAGGGCAGAGGGCAGGCAGUAGGGCAGGUCAAGGAGGGCACAGGCACAGGCGUCCGCAGGUCAGGGGUGAGGAGGGGGGGGGCAGGGGGCAGGCAGCAAGGCGGCAAGGACGCAGCAGGCAGGAGCAGCAAGGGAGCAGGGGGGGAGGGCAUCAGCAGGAGCCAGCAGCAGACAGCCAGGGCAAGCAAGAGCAGGAGCAGGGGCAAGCAGCAGGAGGGGGCGGCGGGAGGCAGGAGGGACGUCCAGGCAUAGGGCAGCAGCAGCAGGGAGAGCAAAGCAAGCAGCAGGCAGGGAGGCAGAUCAAGCAGGCAGAGGCGGGAGAGCAGGAGGGGGGCAAGCAGGCAACGCAGGCAGCAGGGGAGCAGCACAGAGCUCUGGGGGCAGUGCAGUGCAGGGCAGGCAGGGCAGGCAAGCAGGCAGCAAGUCAAGGGGGGCAGGCAGCAUGGGGGGCAGUGAGGGCAGGGGUCAGCAGCAGGAGCAGCAGGAGGAGCCGGGGUCAGCAGGGCAAGGGCAAGCAGCAGUCAGAGUCAGGGAGGCAGGGAGCAGGGGGGCAGCAGGAGGGAGGAGGAGCAUCAACAUGCAGUCAGCAGGCGGAAGCAGGGAGGCAGCAGCCACAGGGGAGGGGCAAGCAUGCACAGAGGGCAGAGGGCAGGCAGGGGCAGGCAGGCAUGGCAGGAGGACAGCAAGGAGCAGGGGCCAAACGGCAGCAGGGGGGUCAGGGCAAGCAGAGGGAGGCAGAGCAGGAGGAGCAGGAGGGGAGCAGAGCAACAGAGGGGCAGCAGGCAGGGGGAAGGGAGGGCAGGAGAGAUAGAGGCACAGGGGGAGCAGGCAGGGGCAGGGGGGCAGAGGGCAAGCAGCAGGGAAGCCAGGGGGCAGCAGCAGCAGGUCAGAGGGGCAGAGGGCAGGGCAGCAGAAAACAGGCAGCAGCAGCAGGAAAGCAGCACGGCAGCAGGGCAGUCAGCACAGGCAGGGGGCAGGGGCAAGAGGGGGCAGGGCAGCAGGGCAGGGGCAGGCAGGCAGCAGGGGCAGAUCAGCAGGCAGGGCAAGGGGGGCAGGCAGGCAGCAGCAGGGGCAGCAGGGGGGGGGGGGCAGGCAGGGCAGGGGCAGGAGGGGGGGCAGCAGGUGGCAGGGCAGCAGGGGCAGGCAGGGCAGCAGGGUCAGGGGGGCAGGGUGGGGGGGAGGGGGGGGGACAGUCAGGCAGGGCGAGGUCAGGGGAGUGCAGGGGACAGGGGAGAGGAAGGACAGGGGGGGCAGGGCAGCAGCAGGGGCAGGCAGCAGGGCAUGGCAGGGGGGGGCAGGUCAGGUCAGGCAGGACAGCGGAAGCAGGGGCAAGGCAGGGCAGCAGGCAGGGGGCAGCAGGCAGGCAUGGGAGCAAGCAGGGGAGGGGGGAGGAGCAGUCAGGGGGAGGGCAGCAGGGCAGCGGCAGGGGCAGGCCAGGCACAGGCGGGGCAGCAGGGCAGGCAGGCAGAGCAGCAGGCAGGCAGGAGCAGAGGCAGGCAGGAGCAGGGGGCGCAGCAGAGGGUCAGCAGCCAGGUCAGGCAGGGUCAGGGCAGGGGGGCAGCAGGGGGGGAGGGGGAAGCAGAAGGCAGCAAGGACAGGGGACAGGUCAGGCAGCAGGGGUAAGCAGCAGGCAGGCAUCAGGUGGGCAAAGGCAGUGCAAGCAGAGGCAAGGGCAGGGGGGGGCAGCGCAGCAAAAAUCAAGGUCGGCAGCAGCAGUCAGGGGGCAGGGCAGGCAGCAGCAGGGGGGGGGGCAGGGGAGCAGCACAGGAGCAAGAGCAGCAGGCAGGAUCACAGGGCAGGGCAGGCAAGGGCAGGCAGAGAGGUCAGCACAGGAGAGGAGAGCAGGCAGGGCAGCAAGGCAGGGGCAGGCACAGCAGGGCAGGAGGAGGGGGUCAGCAGGCAAGCAGGGGGAAGAGCAGAGGGCAGGCAGUGGUCAGGGCAGGCAGAGGGGCAGCAGGAGGCAGCAGGGCAGCAGGCAGGAGGGCAGGGCACAGGCAGCAGGCAGGGCAGCACAAGGGCAGGCACAGGCAGGAAGCAGGUCAGAAGGGAGGGUGGCAGUCAGGGGCAGCAGCAUGGGGAAGCAAGAGGAGCAGCAGGGGCAAGGCAGAGGUGCAGGGCAGGCAGGCAGCAGCAGGGCAGGGGGGCACAAUCAGGGAGGCAGCAAGGAGAGGGGGCAGCAACAGCAGCAGGGGCAGCAGCAGCAGGGGGGGGGGGGGCAGGGAUCAGGCAGGGGGGGCAGUCAGGAGGGGGCAGCAAGGCAGGGGGGGGGCAGGGCAGGGGGCAGACAGGGGCAAGAGAGAAAGCAGCAGUGGUCGGGGAAGCAGAGAGGGCAGAGCAGCACAGGGUGGCAAGGGCCAUGGGCAGGGGCAGAGAGAGGAGGGCAAGGGCAGGGCAGGCAACAGGGCAGGGGGCAGCAGCAGGGCAGCCGCAGCAGCAAGCACGGAGGCAGGAGGCAGGGGGGCAGUCAGGGCGCAGGCAAGGGGAGGCAGGGGGAGGGGGCAGUCAGCAGGCCAGUCAGCCGAGGGGGCAGGGGCAGAGGAGGGGCAGGGUCAGAGGGCAAGCAAGCAGGGGGCACAGGAGGGGGCAGGGCAGGGCAGGGAGGCAGAAGGGGGGUCAGGCAAGGGGUCAGUGGGGCAAGCAGAGGCAGGGGCAGGCUAGCAGGGGGCAGCAGCAGAGCAAGAGCAAGCAGGCAGGAGCAGGCAGGGCAGCAGCAGGGGACAGCAGGGGGCAGGCAGCGAGAGGGGGGCAAGGCAGGGAGGCAGUGGGCAGGCACAGCAGCAGCAGGGCAGAAGCAGGGGGCAGGCAGGGGCAGGGGGGGGCAGGAGGGAGAGCAGGGCAUGGCAGGGUGGCAGCAGCAUAGCAGAGCAGGGCAGUGGCAGGGGCAGGGGGGAGGGAGCAAGCAGGUGGGGGGUGAGGGAGCAGUGGCAAAGGGGGCAAGCAGCACAGCAAAGCAGGCCAAGCAGGGCACAGCAGGCAGGGCAGGAGGGCAGCAAGUGCAGCAGCAGGCGGGACGGCACAGUCAGCAGGCAGGGCAGGGGCAGGGGGCAGGGCAGAAUGCAGGCAGCCAGGAGGAGGCAGGCAGCAGGUCAUGCCAGGGCAGGUCAGGGCAGGAGGAGGGCAAAGGCAGCAGCUGGGGGGUGGCAAGGCAGAGAGGCAAGGGGGAGCAGGCAGCGAGCAGUGGGCAGGGCAGGGGGGGCACAGGCAGGGCAGGCAGGGCAGCAGUCAGUGGGCAGGCAGCAGCAAGCAAGCAGGGCAGCAGCAGCAGGAGACAGGAGGGGAGCAGCACAGGGGCAGGGGCAACCAGAGGGCAGGUGGCAGACAGGGGGCAAGGCAGCAGGCAGGGCAGCAGGCAGCAGCAGGGGGCAGGGGAGGGGCAGCAGGGGGCACAGGCAGGGGGGGGGCAGGGAGGCAGCCAGGAGCAGGGCAGCAGGGCAGCAGCAGGCAAGGCAGCAGAGGAGCAGCAAGCAGAACAGAGCAGAGGGGCAGGGGGCAGCAAACAGGAGGGCAGCACGCAGGGGGGGAUCAGGGGGGCACAGGCACAGGGGGCAGAGGCACAGCAGGGGGCAGCACAGAGCAGGAGAGAGGGAGAGGGAGAGAGGCAGCAGGCGAAGGGGGGAGAAGAGGGAGAGGAGGGGAGGAGGGGGGAAGAGAAGGAGCAGGGGAGGGAGGAAG